AUCUACCUUGAGGGAUUCUGGAACUGUUUUGAGCCAAAAACGUGGAUGGCGCACGAAUUUCUGAUCCUAAGUGACCAGAUGCGUUCAGAACAAGGAAGCCACUCUGGCCAGAAAAAAAUUGACUUUGACAUUUCGGCGGAAUUUUAUCACGAAUUGUCAGCGCACCCUCGCUCUUUCGCCGAAUUAAGGGUUGGCAAUUGUUCCACACCGUUGGGGGGGACUUUCUCUCCGUGCUCUCUUGGAGGCGAAUCGAUAAGAGAGUUCACUUUAGUCGUGUCAACAUGGAAUACCGAUCUGUGGAAACAUUCGUACCUUAAAACUUGCACACAAAGAGAGCUCAAGUACCAUCGGAAAACCAUGGACGGAGACGCGAAAUAUUUGAAACGCAAAGUCAAAGCUGGAAGUCUGGAUGUGCAUCCCAUUGAGAAAGCCUUGGUGGUGAACUAUGAGUUGGAGGCCACUAUUCUGGGUGAAUUAGGUGAUCCUAUGCUGGGUGAACGAAAAGAAUGUCAAAAGAUCAUUCGAUUGAAGAGCUUGAAUCAAGCCACGGACAUUUCCACUUUAGCCAAGGAGGUGAUUGGCAAAUGUAAACUCAUCCACCCGUCCAAAGUCGCCGAAGUGGAGCAACUCUUAUACUACCUACAAAAUCGGAAAGAGAAGAUACCGUUGAAUCGAUCCGGAUCCACGACGACCGAUGACGAUGAUCCGAACAUUCGAAUCGGCUCGGCCUCUUCCCAUCGAUAUUCACCCGUUUCCAAUCAGUUCGAGCAUGAGAUCGCCAACAUCAACAACUUGGACGAAUACAUUGAGCUCUUGUACGAGGAAGGUCUGGCUAAGAUCAAGGGAUCCCACAUGAUUCUCCAACUAGCUCGCAAUCCAGAUAACUUGGAGGAACUAUCCCAAAAUGAGACCCUCUUGGGAGCCGUGUCGCGGGUUUUGCGUGAGGAGUGGAAAGUGAGCAUUGAUCUCACCACGAACAUCAUCUACACGUUCUUCUGCUUCUCGACCUUCUCUCAAUUUCAUCCGGUUAUCAGUCACUAUAAGAUCGGCUCCUUGGUCAUGGACAUUGUCGAGUAUGAGAUCAAUCGCUAUCAGCAAUGGCUCGACGAGAAGAACCGAAAGAAACGUCGAGGAAGCAGCAACUCUGAAAAUGAAGAGCUAGAAAAACGCUUUGAGGCUUUCAGGGCCAAGCAAGAACAAACCCUCCGGGUCUCGUUCUACUUGCUUCUCAACUUGGCUGAGGAUAUCAAGGUAGAGGAGAAAAUGAGGAAAAAACGGAUCAUCUACCUCCUGGCCUCAGUGCUAAAUCGGAGCAACGAAGAGCUGCUCAUCCUGGUCAUCUCGUUCCUGAAGAAGCUCUCUGUUUACACAGAAAAUAACGAUGAGAUGAAGCAAUACAGUGUCAUCGAAAAAAUCGUUCCAUUGGUCACAUCGGACAACUCAGACUUGGUCAAUGCCGUGGCACGAUUGCUUCUCAAUCUGUCUUUUGAUCUGGAGCAUCGCGCCAAAAUGGUCCGCGUGGGAAUGCUUCCAAAGCUGGUCCAACUCCUGAACGAUGACCGCAACCAGAAUCCGGUUUGUUGCGUCCUAUAUCAUCUUAGCAUGGACGAUAAAGUGAAAAGUAUGUUCACUUACACGGACUGUAUCCCAAUAGUGAUGCGUCUAAUCCUCGAGACCACAGAAGAGCAUGUGGAUCUCGAGGUCAUGGCUUUGGCCAUCAAUUUGGCCGCAAAUAAACGCAAUGCCCAACUGAUUUGUGAGGGGCAUGGCUUGAGAGUGCUGAUGCAACGCGCGUUUCAUUACCAAGAUGCCUUGAUCAUGAAAAUGAUUCGAAACAUUUCCCAACACGAGGGAAUGACCAAGACGUUAUUCAUCGAGUUCAUUGGUGAUAUUGCUGAUGCCGUCCAAAGGGCCAGUUCCGACGAGUUCCGAGUCGAGUGCGUCGGAAUUCUGGGCAAUCUAACCAUUCCAGAUUUGGACUACGAAAGGAUGCUAACCGAAUACAAUCUGAUUCCAUGGAUGAAAUCAAAACUAUUGCCCGGCAAAGGCGAGGAUGAUCUGGUCCUAGAAAUUGUGGUACUCAUGGGAACGUGUGCUACAGAUUCGUCGGCGGCUCAAUUCUUGUGCAAAUCCGGCCUCAUGAACUCGCUCAUCGAAUUGCUCAAAGCCAAACAAGAGGACGACGAAAUUGUUCUCCAGGUGGUGUAUCUGUUCCAUCUGGUUUGUACUCAUGAGAACACGAGGACGUUUGUCAUUCAAGAAACAGAUGCAGUGGCCUAUUUGAUUGAUCUGAUGCACGAUAAGAAUCCCCAAGUGCAAAAGGUAUGCGAUGCCACCCUAGAUAUCAUCUCUCAGAUCGAUGAACAAUGGGCUGAGCGAGUCCAGAGGGAAAAGUUUCAGUUCCACAACGCCCAAUGGUUGGAAGUCAUUCAAGCGCAAGGAGGAGUUCAAGAUCAGAAUCCGAUCGACGAGUUCGAGCAAUUGGUUCAAGAUUCCGAAGACUUGGACAUCAUGCCUGAGCCUCUGAGGCCAGAUCACAUGAUUCAAGGCAUGGCUGACCUCGACUUGUGGUCGUCCUCUUCCGAAUAUCCAGAUGAAGAGGAGAGCGUGAUUCCGUCUUUGGAAAAGCAUCGACCAGCCUCAGCCCGGAAAGGAAGGCCAAGAAUUUAAGCCCACUUCAAUUCAGACCCUGAAUUAGCAAUAGACAAUUGAGACGUCAGAACAUCAAACAAUAAACCGCAUCAUAGACUGUG